UGACGCGGUACGGAUUUUACGUAUUUCGCGGUAUUUUGUAGCAAUGGCGGGCCCAGUCGCUCAAUCUCUUACCGGGAUCAAUAUUAAAAGUUCCCAGAACCGGCUGCUCAUAAAGAAUGGUCGGGUGGUCAACGAGGAUGGCAUGGAAGAUGCUGACGUUUACAUCGAAGAUGGAAUUAUUAAGGAAGUGGGACGCAACCUUAUAAUCCCUGGUGGUACCCGCACCAUUGACGCCACCGGCUUGCUGGUGAUGCCCGGUGGUAUCGAUCCCCACACCCACUUUGAACUGGAGAUGAUGGGAGCGAAGACUGCAGACGACUUCUACAAGGGUACUCGCGCUGCUGUCGCUGGUGGAACCACUACUGUCAUUGACUAUGUACUACCCCAGAAAGGGCAGUCAUUGAUUGAAGCAUACAACCACUGGAGGCAAAAAGCUGAUAAUAAGGUGUGCUGUGACUACGCUCUCCACGUCGGUGUCACCUGGUGGUCGCCAUCGGUGAAGAAAGAAAUGCAGCAGCUGGUUGCGGAGCAUGGCAUCAACUCGUUCAAGAUGUUUAUGGCUUACAAGGAUGCCUGGAUGCUGAAUGAUUACGAGCUCUGCCAGGUCAUGGAGACCUGUGUCGAAUUGAAGGCGUUGCCUCUAAUUCACGCUGAAAACGGCAGUAUAAUAGCUCGCAAUACUGAGAAGCUGCUGGCUGCGGGAGUGACCGGCCCCGAGGGUCAUGCGUUGUCCAGGGAUGAGGAAGUUGAGGCUGAGGCUGUCAACAGAGCUUGUGUCAUCGCUAACCAGAUGAACUCUCCGCUCUACAUAGUACAUAUGAUGUCAAAGAGCGCUGUCCAAGCUCUCCGUCUCGCUAGGACUCGGCAGAAGCAGCCGUUGAUCGGUGAAACCCUGGCCGCUACCAUUGGUACUGAUGGCUCCCACUACGGCAACGCGUGCUUCCGCCACGCGGCGGCGCACGUGCUGUCGCCGCCGCUACGCGCGCGGGACACGCCCGCCGCCAUCGUCGACGCGCUCGCGCAUGACGAUUUGCAAAUAAUAGCCAGCGACAACUGCACUUUCCACGAGAAGGACAAGGAGCUCGGGAAAGGCAACUUCAGCAAGAUACCCAAUGGUGUUAAUGGUGUUGAAGAUCGUAUGGCUAUACUCUGGCAGAAGGCGGUUAACACAGGCGCCAUGGACCCGUGCCGCUUCGUGUCGGUGAGCAGCGCGGCGGCGGCGCGCGUGUUCCACCUGUGGCCGCGCAAGGGCCGCGUGGCCGCGGGCGCCGACGCCGACCUGGCGCUGUGGGACCCGCGCCGCGAGCGCACCGUCUCCGCGCACACGCACCACCACGCCGUCGACUUUAACAUAUUCGAGGGUCAGCACGUAAUUGGUAGUCCCCAAUACGUUAUCGUCAAUGGUCGCGUUUGUCUCGAUGACGGCGAACUACGAGUCGUCGAAGGAUUCGGAAAGUUCCUGAACACUCCGCCGGACUCUCCGACGGUGUACGGCGCGCGUAACGAGCAGCAGGCGAGCGACGUGUCGGACGGGGGCCGGGAAUCCCCGAGGGCCUCGCCCGCCUACACCAACGGGACCCCCACCGAACUGAGCAUAUCCAACAAGCAAAUGGAGGGUCUGUCGGUGUCCGGCUGCAGCACUCCCACCGGACGAAAGAUGCGAGAGCCUGGACAGCGAGACUUGCAAAACUCCACCUUCUCUAUCAGCAAGGAACUUGAAGGUUUGGACACGAAAACAUCAGUGCGUGUCCGAAACCCUCCGGGCGGGAAAUCAUCCGGCCUCUGGUAAACAGAUAGAAACCGGUUACAUCCGGAACUGAAGAUUGCUUUGCAGCGGCGCUAGUUAUGCUUGUUUGUGGAAAAAUAAAAUAAUAAAAAUUAAGGUAAUUGUAAUGUAACCGUUAUAAUUACAUUUGACUGUAUUCGUUAAUGACUAUAUUUUAUAUAGAAGCAUACAUAUGGUAUGAAUCUACCAUACCUAUAUAUCGAACCAGUUUGUAAACAUAUUUAUGAUAAACAGGAUAAUUGUGAAUAAUUUCACUUUUCUACAAUACAAACCGUUUUACUCAUAAACAUUUUUUAAACAACAUAGUACUAACAUACUGAAAAUGACGAAAUUGCCCCUAAAAGCUUUGAAAAAGUGUAUUUUGAAUUAAAUUAUAUAAUAUAAUAAAUAAAAUUGACCGUUUUUAAUAACACAAUCUUAUGAUAUUGUUUAAUAAACUUUAUGAAUAAAGGAGUUUAUAAGAAAAGUAAUAUUUAUUUGACAUAUAUAUGAAAACCAACGCAUAUGGUUUUUACUAGUAAGUAAUUUUGUUCCGUUAUUGUUAUUGGACUUUAUUUUUAUUUUUUCACAAAUAAAGCGCAUUUGUGUUUGAGCUUGGAGCGUUCAGGAACCAAUCUACGUUAUCUUAUAUAUGCUAUAAUCACAUAAUUUAACAUAAGAUCGGUUUAUUUAUAUCGAAGUAUAUAUUAUUUUGCUUUUUAAAUACAAUUUUUAAGUUGUUUAUAAGAUUUCAUACAAAAAUCUUUCAUAACAAUAUUUUUGAUUUUAUUGAUUUCUUUGAUAAGACACAAAAAAUAUCUAAAAAUGACAAUUGAUAAUACAAUUUGCAUAUAUAAAAUGUGUGGGUUUUUUUAAAGUAAAAUAUGCAGUGAAGAAAAAUUUCAUAAUAAAUGUGGGUUCUAUCACAAAUAUAUUAUAUCCAAAAGAAACUUCAUACGAGUUAGUACAAAUACUUGUAUGGACUGACAAAACAAAAUGUGCUAUACUUAGAGAGCUUGUAUAGUGCAUUUUACUCACAACGGUUAUAAAUGUGUAAACAACUGAUAAAAAUGAACCAUUUUUCCCCAAAUACGGGUAAAUGAUUUCACCUUAUGUUAUACUGAGUUCUAUUUUUUAUAUAACUCAUAUACUUUUAUGACUUUUCGCCCGCACUGAAACUUAAGUGAUCUUUGUCCAACAGUGGGAUAUGGGCUAUUAUUACUACAUAUAUAAUUUAGAUUUAUUAUUAAUUUUACAUCAAAGCAUUUCGAUUGGACGAAAUAUGUCUAACUCAAUAAUUGAAUGGCAUUUCUUUUUUAUGUACUUUAUGAGAAAUUAUGUAACUAUAUCGUCGUAUAUUAGAAAUGCUUACUCUAUGCAUGUAGUUCUAGAAAAUAUAACUCGCGUUUAUUUAUUCAGUUCUCUAAUCUAUAGACUGAUUCCGUAGACAAAAUUAGAUUUAGACGAACAUUUUUACACCAUGGUAAAAAAAUAUUUUUAUGUUAUUAGCGUUUUAAGAUGUUUAACAAUAUUUUGUAUUGGAAUUAUAAUUGACCAAAUAGUGAAUGUGGAGUUUUAUAAAGUUUAAAUAAAUUAUGAAUAAAAAAUGUGACAAAACUGAUCCGGUUUCACUAAGAACUUUUUGGAGAGUUAUUUUUUAAUAACCAGAAAGCCAACGAGCAAUUUAUUUUGUGUAAUGGCUGACCGUGUAAUACAAAGGUAAAACGAGUAAAUUAUUGAAGCCUCAAUAGUCCGACGUAUAUGGGCCACUUAGAGUUUCUAAGCUUUUCUUGAAAACAGGAAUUGCCAAUAUUAAAAAAGAAUAAAUUUUCUUCUGCACACGAAAAUCUACUUAGUAAUAAGGCCAAAUUAAAUGAAUAUUAUCAUAAAAUAUAUAGCAAUUAAACAUUGUUAAUACCAUUGAAUAUAAUAAGUCUGUAAAUGCCAAUGUACUUGUGACGUUAACGGUAACAAUGGAAUGCUAUCAGGAAGGCAUUUAUUUAUAAUAUAGUGUCAAAAAUUUAUUUAAACUUUAUAAUUCUAGCCGAGUAGAAAAAAAAAACAAUUUUGUAAUUUUCUAGCCAAAACAUAUUCUGAAAUUAAAAUUUUAUACUCAUGUAGUGUCAAACUGUAUUGGUCUAAUAUUUUACAGUUAGUUAAGAUUAUUAAUGAAAAAUAAUAUAGUUGGUAGCUUCAGAUGUGAUUGUGUUCUUCGUUUGAAUGAUAUAUUAUAUGCUAUUAUAUGUUAUGUUAUUUUUGUAUCAGAUGUCACAAUUAUUUUUAACAUUACAGUUAAAUCUUUUCUGUAGAAACCUAUUGUACUUAUUAUAAUGUUAUUAUAAAACCUAUUCGUGUGUUCCAGUUGAAAAUGUUAUUUGACGCUAUUAAUAAGUAUAAAUUAAUUAUUUUAAGAUUCUUAGAAUUAUUAGCACUUAACAUUAUUUCUCUACUCUCUAACGACAUACUUUGUACAAGUAACGCCAUCUAUUAUCAUCAAUUGUAAUUGAUAUUUUUAAAAUACUUCCUACGAACUUUGUGUAACCAAAGAUCUUAUAUCUUGUAUUAGACUCUACACUAUUACCUUUGAAUCGUUAUUUAUCUUUGUAAUCGGCAUCAUAUUUUAUAGUGUUUUAUAAUUUUUGUACGUCUGUCCUUUACAUUCUGCAUUGUCACGAAUAAACAAUGUAAUCUCACAAA